GUAUAAAAGCACAUUCGUGUCACUCAGACUACACAUUUGACAUCGUAGCUUCUUCUGUGGGAUUAACACAGUGACUUGUUUCUUUCAUCUCAAAAUGAAGUUCCUCAUCGUUUCGCUCGCUGUUUUGGCCGUUGCUUCAGCCGAUGUGCCCCAUCAACCGCCCGCAGCAAUUUUGAAACAGGCCCAAGACAUAUCACCAGACGGAUCCUAUUCUUACUCCUACGAGACUGAUAACGGGAUUUAUCACGGUGAAAGUGGAACCCUGGUAGCGUCCCAUGCUAAAGACGGUACUCCUUUCGUGGUUGCUCAAGGACAAUAUCAGUACACGUCUCCUGAUGGAACACCGAUUGCCGUGAAAUACGUUGCCGACGAAAAUGGCUUCCAACCUGAAGGCGAACACAUUCACCAAAUUCCACCUUUGAUCCAGAAGGCUAUCGAAUACAUCAGAGCUCACCCACCAUCAACGGAACAUCCUCAUUUGUAAACUAAUCGCCGAUAUCGCUUUACUUUUACAUGUUUUGUCAUGCCUCUACAGUUACAUGUAUACUGAUUGUUCUCAUGUGGAACGUUGGUUAAUAUAAUUGUUUCUGGAAAA